AUGAAUUAUCUCAUGAAGAAGCCUCUUCAGUUCUGGCAUCUCGUCAUUUCAAACGUCUGCAAGCAAAGGUUUGUAUCCUACAGAGCAAAGAUUCUACUAGAUAAAGGCUCUAAACUAGACACAUGUGAUGAUACAAAAGUCUCUUCUGCUAAAGUUGUUCAACCAUAUCAGCAGCUACAUAAAAAACAAAAACAGCAGAGAGAUCAAUCUUACCUGCUAGAGUUAGCUCAUGUUAUUGUGACCGAGACAAAGUCCUUGGACCGACAGCUAGGUAAGAUGGGUGCACCCAUGCCCGGCUUUGAUGUCGAAUCACCACAGAACUUUCCAAUCCAGAGCGUUGAGGUAGAAAAUUCAAGAGCCAAGAUCAUUCAGGCCACUGAAGAUUUAGGAUCUCUUGUCAAAGGUCCGGCGGAACGUAUGCGAUGCAUGGCUUGGGAUCACAAUAAUUCUCUUUCAUUGCACGCAAUAUAUCAUUACAAGAUUGCACAAUCAUUUCCUGCAAACGAAACAAGAACCUUUUCCCAAAUCGCUGCAAAGGUCGGCCUCGGUGAACUGAAUGUCCGUCGCUUAUUGCGUCAUGCCAUGACCAAUCGUAUCUUCACCGAAGUCAAGCCAACCGUAGUAGCCCAUACGGCCGCAAGCAAGCUCUUAGCAGAAAACCCAACGAUGAAUGAAUGGGUUGGGUUUUGUGUUGAAGAAAUGUGGCAGGCAGCUGCUUGCACAGUAGCCGCACUUCAGCGUAACCCUGAGGCGGACGAUCCAAAACAAACCGGGUUUUGUCUCUCAAAUGCCACGAGUGAUGCUGAAUCUAUGUUCGACACUUUUGCCAAGUCACCUUUCAGAAGUGCUCGCAUGGGUAGAGCAAUGAAAUCUUUAACAGAUGGUCCCGGACACGAGCUCACGCAUCUCCUUUUAUCCUACGGCUGGGCCGAUCUUGAUCGUCGCCGAGGUACUGUUGUAGAUAUUGGCGGCUCGCACGGCUUUGCUAGUAUCGCACUUGCCUCGGCAUAUCCUUGUUUAAAGUUCAUCGUCCAAGACACAGCAACAACCAUCGCAUCAGCUCCGGCUCUAAGUGCUGCCCUCACGCCUCGUAUACGAUUUCAGGUGCACGAUUUUCACACGCCGCAACCCAUCAAAGGGGCUAACGUUUACUUUUUUCGCUGGAUUCUGCACAAUUAUUCUGAUCGCUUCGCCGUGCACAUUUUGCGCAAUCUAAUUCCUGCUCUAAAGCCGGGUGCUAGAAUCCUCAUAAAUGAGUACUGUCUCCCCGAAUCAAAUCAACAACCUCUCCUCCCCCGGAACACUCAUCUAAGCGAAGUCAAGAAUCAACGCACGAUGGAUCUUGUUAUGUUGACCUUGCUCAAUUCGCAGGAACGGUCUGAAUCAGACUUCCGAGAGCUUUUCAAGGCGGCUGACGCUAGAUUUCGAUUUAUCGGGGCGUAUACUGCUCCUGGUUCCCGCAUGGCUCUAAUAGAGGUUAUAUGGGAUGGUGAGAUCUCCGAGAGUGAUAGUAAUCCUUGA